AUGAAUCAAAUUUAUCAUCAAUAUAAAAAUCAUAAAGGUAUUGUUAUGUUAACUGAUCAAUCAACUUCUUCAUUUUCAGAUCAAACAAAUAAUAAAAUAGCUAAUGAACUCAUGAAUGCAACACAAAAACAAGGUUAUACAAUCAAUCGUGAACGAAUGCAUGUUCGUAUGGCAUUAGAUUUAAUUUUAGUUGAUAAUCGUUUAAAUGGUAAAACAAUGAUAUUUCAAGCAGAAUCAAUUAUUUUAUCUCGUAUGGUUCGAAAAAUCUAUCUGUGUACACAAGUAUGA